CCUCUGUGCGUCUGUAGUAACAAUUAAGAGAGCUUUCACCAGUUCUUUUCCUCUCCCUAUCUCUCUCGACUCUCGCCGAUUAGUCGCCAUUUUUUCUGGCUUGCAAAUCUUUGUGAAUCACAAUCGAUAGAGGUGCAUUUCUUGGAGAAGAAGAGAUUGAUUGCUGCCAGAAGAGCGCAACGCUUAGAUGAUCUAACUCUUUGUUUUUGUAAUUUGUGCAGUUUGUGGUUCGGUUGAAAUGUUAUCCUUGCGAGUAGAUCGAUCGAUGCAAUAGACAACAAGAUUUUUUAGGAGAACGAAACAGAUAGCAGCCAGUAGAAGAGCACAACGCUUAGCUAAUCUUACUCAAAUCUGUAUGUUGAUGGAUUGGUGUACAGAACAGUCGAAUAUUAUUUUCUAUCUCGUUUUUUCCCUUCAAAUGUGCUGAAUUGACCUCCGUUUUCAUAUAAGAAAAUGGGAGUCGAGAAAGAAAGUGUGAAGAGUGGAGGAAGUUAUGUCGGGGGAUUCUUCCAGUUGUUUGAUUGGACUGCUAAAUCACGAAAGAGAUUGUUCUCUAGUAAACUGGACGUACAAGAGCGUUCUAAACAAGGGAAUAGAAGUGCUGGAAACUCCCCAUUGACACAGGUUCAUCUGAUAGAUUUGGAUGAAUGUGGACCAAGGCAAAGUAUUAAAGGAAGCAGCGAUUAUAGUUGUUCUUCAUCUGUUACGGAGGAAGAUGGGUAUGGAGUUAAGGUCCCCGGGGUAGUCGCUAGGCUUAUGGGAUUGGAUUCCUUACCGUCAUCCCAUUUCUCAGAGCCCUACUUUACUCCAUCAUUUGAUACUCAAUCUCUUCAAGAAACUCGCGGCCAUAGGGGAAGUUUCAAUUAUCGCCAUGACUGCCAAAUCAUGUACUCCGGUAAUUUGCUUGAUCAGGCCGAUGACCUUGCAGCCGCCCCUGCCAGGAAACCAUCAGAACCAAAACCUCAGAAGACACUGAGCAGGCCAAUAGAGAAGUUCCAAACAGAAAUCCUCCCUCCUAGAUCAGCGAAAUCAAUUCCAAUUACUCACCAUAAGCUUCUGUCCCCCAUUAAGAGUCCCGCUUUCAUUCCGAGUAAGAAUGCUGCUCACAUAAUGGAAGCUGCUGCAAAAAUAAUAGAUCCUGGACCUUCAGGAACUACCAAGAGUAAAAUGUCGUUGAUUGGAUCUUCUUCAGCACCCUUGAAAUUGCAAGCCCCAAAAGAAAAGGUAGAUUUACCACAAAAAUUGCCUCCAGUUAGGACCUCUCCAGUAAGCCUGAAGGUCAAAGAAUUAAAAGAGAAAGCCGAAGCCUCCCAUAAAUCAACCAGGUUUCUUGAAACUUCUAGAAAGCCUUUUGAAUCAAAUGCUUCCAGGCUUUUGAAGGGUCAGUCCAUGAACAAAAGCUGGGAUGGAUCUCAAGAUGCUUCAUUCAAGGUCUUACCUGAUGUGGAAUAUAGUAGUUCCAAGAACAAAGGAAAAUCCAUAUCACUCGCAAUACAAGCAAAAGUUAAUGUACAAAGAAGAGAAAAUGUGAAUACCAAUAGCCAUAGAAAUUUUACAGGCCAGAAACAACAAACUGAAGUCAAGUCAAGCCAGCCCUUAAAGAGUCAGGCGGGAACUCAGAAGAAUUUGCACGUGCCAUCCUCUGCUUGCAAUGCCUCCAGUAACCUGCCUCUCAAGCAGAAUAACCAGAAACAAAAUUGCCAUGUUGAUAGGGUAAAAUUACCAUCAAAGAACUCAACUUCCAACACGGAGCGCAAGAAACCGCUGACAGGCGACUCUUCUUUUGGACAUCGAAGAAAUGCAGGAAGAGUUGUCAUGAGCUCCAAAACUGGCGUCAGGAAGUCAAGCUCAGAAACAUCUGACAGGGAAAAGGAAGACUUGCAUUCUAAUGCAAAAAAUCUUCCUAGGAAGAAGCGUUCACUAGACAGGGAUCAACGCUUUGACAAGAAACAGGCCAUGGAUAACAUGUCAGUACAUUCAAAUAAUAUCGUCGACAGAUCUUCUAGUUUGGCACAAGAUUGCAGAAAAAAAGGGACAGAUGUUGUGUCUUUUACAUUUACUGCACCACUUACAAGGAAGGUGCCUGGAUCUGACACCUCUGCUGGGCACGUUGAAUCAAAUAUUAACGGCCUUUGUACAGAUUUCAGAGGUAAAAUAGGGUCGCUUGGGCCAGAUAGUUUGAAGUCAUCCUCAAUAGAGUGCAAUUUUAUUGGAGAAAAUGCCUUGAGUGCACUUUUAGAGCAGAAGUUAAGAGAAUUAAUUGAUAAGGUCGAGUCACCUAGCCUUGGAUCCAUCACUGGAGGAUCUGAGAGUACUUGUUUAUCGACUUCUGAACAUCCUUCUUCACCCUCUCUUGAUACACUCGAUGCAAUGUCAAAGUUGAACGAGAGGGACCAACACAGUUCUGCUCGCAGCAAGCUGGUUGGCCAAUAUAAUUUUGAUUAUUCUUCUGCUGAUUCUUCAACGCUAGGAUUAAAGCAUGAGUUCCAGGUAGUUCCUGGGAUUGAUGAAUGUAGCAGCAACAGUACUGAUGCUGACGCUGGUCAGUUGCUCAAUGUUCGACAUCCCAGUCCCGUCUCUAUUCUCGAACAUUCCUUUUCAUCAGAAAGCUGUGACUCAUCAGAUAGCAACAGCAGAGAAGGUAACAAGUUAUGUUCUUCAGUCCAAGGUCAAGAUGUUAUUGCCUUGGGUUUCUCAAAGUUCGAUCCAGUUGGAGCUGAUACAGAGUUGCUAGAUUCUGCAUCCUCCAUAACCGACGAAACUCCAAUGAGUAAGUUCACAGGUUCAUCUCUCUCAAGAGGGUACAUUGAGUGGGAACUAGAAUAUAUAAAGGAAAUACUCUGUGAUGUGGAGUUGAUGUUUAAGGACUAUGCAUUGGGGCGUUCCCACGACGUUAUAAACCCAUAUCUAUUCAACAUUUUAGAGAAUCAAAACCGAGGAUCGCAAAGAAGUAGCGUUGAAUAUAGGCUUAAACGUAAGGCAUUGUUCGAUUGUGUGAGUGAAUGUUUAGACUUGAGAUGUAGACAAUAUGUGGGUGGAGGGUUUAGGAUGUGGGAGAAAGGUGUGGGUGUUUUGAGAAGAAAGGAACAGUUAUCCAAAGAGAUUUGGAAGGAAAUUUCAGGUUGGAAGGGCAUGGGGGAUUGUAUGGUGGAUGAGCUAGUAGAUAACGACAUGAGUUGCUGGCAUGGAAGAUGGCUGGAUUUUGAUACCGACGCUUUUGCCAUUGGAGUUGAGGUCGAGAAUCAAAUUCUAGAUUCUUUAGUUGAAGAAGUGCUUGCUGAUAUUGUGAUGAUUCCUUAAGGGGCCAAGGCCAACCAUAUUUUCCAGGUAUUCUUUCCCUCCAAAUUAAAUGAUUGUAUCUUCUUGAAAUGUUUGAGCUUGGAAUUCAAAAUUCUUGUUAUAAUCAUUACCAUUCAAGUUGUUGCUCAACUCUUUAACACGUGCACAAUAGGAUUUUCCUGUCCCAUUGACCUGCCUUUGUACUUAUCCAGCAAUUUUCAUGUUAGGAAGUAUCUAGUUCUGAAAAA